AGAGUAGAAACAUAUGCGUAUGGAAGAUCUAAACACCGACACUGAGAAUUCUAGCGAAUAGGGACAUCGGGUGUCCUUUUGUCUCCAACAUUAGAAGAGGCAUUUCGACUUGAACAGCAUAUAACCGCCCUCCGAUUCCCCCCUCCCAGACAGAUUUGCCCCAGCACCUCCUCUACAUUGGCCCAGCAGCGGCUGAACAGCGUCCUUGCACUUUACUAGGCUGUAACCACUGCCAUCAGCUCAACUUCUUCAGCAUCGUUUCAGCUGUCUCUGCCGCUGCUCACCAGCCUAUCUUUGGUCUCCCUGUCCAGUCUUUUGGCUGUCUACAUCGGAUACACAAGUCGUCCGUCGUUUUUCGCCAAUUAGACACGGGCGUAUGUCUGUUUUUGAUUAAUCUGAGGACAUUUCCUAUAGAUAAGAACAGUCUGCACCAAAGACGGGCUUCGGGUAUUACCCAAAGAUACAUCACCGAGGUUCAGUUUGAUCACUUCCACAUCAAGCCACAGUCAUGGAUGAGAUGGACUUGCCCCAGAUGAAGAAGGAGGUAGAAAGCCUCAAGUACCAGCUGGCCUUCAAAAGGGAGAAAUCCUCAAAGACAGUGACAGACCUGGUGAAGUGGAUUGAGGAGUGUGUGCCCGAGGACCCUUUCCUGAAUCCCGAGCUGAUGAAGAACAAUCCAUGGGUGGAGAAGGGCAAGUGUGUGCUUCUAUAAAAGAGUAGCAGCAGCAGCAGCAGCAGCAGCAGCGGUCGCCCCAGCCCUCCGUCUGAGCCUCCACCAGCCUGACAGGAUCAAACGGCGCUUGCUCUCUCUGUUUCAUUCCCUCACCAUGAAUGUACAGCAGUUUAGCAUCCACUGCACAACGAAACACACACUCAUGCGCACAGCAUUAGCUCUAUAUAGUCACUUGCAGAAUUUGACACUUUGACAUGCAUUACUAUUAUAUUUAUAACCAUCAAUAUAUCUUUAUAUACAGUUAGUGGAAUUUCUCUUGGCUACUCGAAUUUAGUGUUGUCGCCGAUGCUUGCAUGCUCGAUCCUGAGUUCAAGCAUGCAGUGUCGACAUCGAAAUGCCCGAAAAGCACAACAUACUGCAUGACAGAGGCGAAAAGAAAUGGUAAAAAAAGCCUCAGAAAAGCAAAGGCGGCAACUUUGUGAGUUUCCCUCUGUUACGCAGCAUGUUCGACUCUCCUGCAGGCCCGUGCACUAUUUACACCACACUCAGCACUCUUACUUACAGACCAUUUUUAAAACAUGUACAGAUCGUUUUAAUUUAUUAACUUAUUUAUGAGCAUUAAUUUAUUUAUUUAUGGUUUGAUUCACAACAAGCUGUCGGCGCCGACUGCUUUAGAAGCUACAAUGGACCUGCUGUUGUUCAACUGCACCCUUCCUUCCUUCAAAGCUAAAGGAUAGAAAAAAAACGCAUCUUGCCAGAUCACCAUCGAAUACUGCCUUGUACACAAUUUCCUUAAAAAGAAUGUAUGUGUGUUGUGAGGGACUAGUAAACCAUCAGCACCCUUAAGCAUCGAAUGGAUAUGCAAACGGAGAGGUUGUGCACUGGCCAAGGCUUUUUUUCUUCUUAGAUUAAUAGCUCAAUCUGCACUUAUGGCAAGGAUGUGGGGUUAAUUUAUGACUUUUGAUUUGUUCAUGUUUUUAUAUAUUCCAACAGUAGAAACCUGUCUAAUUAUCUAGAGGUGUGUUACAUAUGAGAAUGCUUUGAGAAAAUAUGCAUAAGAUCAAGUACUAGUUUAAUAAAAAGCAAUAAGUGAUUACAUUUUUUAUUGAAUGUUUUACAAAACAUCUUAUUGAAUAAAGUAGAGGAUUUUUAGACAGCUUUAAUGUCAUUUGUGUGUUUCAAUUGGGUGUGUGUCAUGGCUUUGGCACGUUUAUAUUAGUCUGUUUACACAGUUACUGUUAACACGUUACAGGAUUAGUUCACAUCCAGAAUAAACAUUUCCAGAUAAUUUACUGUUAUCCAAGAUGUUCAUGUCAUGUUUCCUUCAAGAUAAGGUUUUUGAGAAAAAAAAAUAGGAUUUUUCUCAAUAUAGUGGACCUCAGUGGGGAUCAGCAGGUUGAAGGUCCAAAUUGCAGUUUUAAAGCAGCUUCGAAGGGCUCUACACGAUCCCAGCUGAGGAAUAAGGGUUUAAUAAAAACUUUUUAAACACAAAUGCUUGUCUUGCACUAACUUGACACGCAUCACGUAAUCAUGUAGGACAGGUCAAGUGUGACACAGGCAAAGUAAAGACCCAGUGUUUACAAAGCAAACGUGCAAAGAAAGGCAAACGCCCUUUAUGAAAACAGGUAAAAUAACGAUGUCGGAUGAUUUCGAAGUUGGAGGUAUAUAUAACCAGUAUACAUAGACAGAAAAAAAAACAUGCAUGGCCAACGUGAUUAUGUGCUGUGUGAAGACACAUAUGCGCUUCGCAGAGCUAGUACAAGACGAGUAUUUGUAGUUAUAUCAUUAUCAUGUAAGUAUAUCAUUUUUUUUUUUUUUUUUUUUUUUUUUUGAAAAUGACCGAUCGUUUUGAUAGACCCUAAUUCCUCAGCUGGGAUUGUGUAGAGCCCUUUAAAGCUGCAAUGAAACUGCAAUUUGGACCUUCAACCCAUUAACUGAAAAAUCCUGGAGUGUUUUUCUCAAAAACCAAAUUUGUUUUCGACUGAAGAAAGAAAGACAUGAACAUCUUGGAUGACAUUGGGGUGAGUAAAACAUCAGGAAAUUUUAUUCUGGAAGUGAACUAAUACUUUAAUUUAGUUUAUAAUAAUAAAUUCUGAUAAAAAAAUAACAAUCAUGUCCCAUCACCCCAUUAUGGAACAUGCAGAGAAAAUAAGACAAUAUUUUUGACAUGAAUUAAGAAUUCAUUCCCACAACUUAUUAAUUAACAAAAAAGAAAAAAUACAAUUACCACUUUGUAGUAAUUUGUUCCCUCAUUUUCGUUAAAUCAUGGCCAUGAUUACAGCAAGUAACAAAUUACUACUACAAUGGCCGCAAUUUAACUAAAAUGAGGGAACAAAUGAAUAAAAUAUUGCCAUGUAUUAGUUGUGAGAACGAAUUCAUUUGUGGCCACAUCUUUUUUUCUGCAAGCCAUAUGCAGGGUUCUGUAUACCCCUGUACCUAAAUUUCACAUUAAAGGCACAAUAUGUAAGAUUUUUUGAUUAAAAUAUCCAAAAACCACUAGAACAGUGUUAUAUAUUUUGCUGACUUGUGUACUUAAAUUAUCCCAAAUGUUUCCAAGAAUGUUUAAAUCCAGGGAAAUUUUAACUAGUGUAACGGACCGUGUCAUUGCGUCGCCUGCCAGUGACAUCAUACACCCUUGAUUUUCCAGUUUUAUUUUGCAGAAAACAUAAAAACCCCAAAGACGCUUGAAUAUGUUAUGCAUUUUAUUAGACAGGUGACGAACGCACAGAGUAGCAUCAUAACAGAACUUCAACACACUUAAAUGCAUCUAGUAUGAUAAAACAGCGCUGUUUUACCUCACAUAAGCAUAACUGGAAGAAGCGGAAGCGCUCGACUGUGGCAUAAUAAAAGCGCCGUUGUUUUUGAGCCGUCUAUCGAGCUUGUCAUAGCGGCCUCGUUUCCUAGUUUCUUUCGUUUUGACUUUCAGCCCCACCUUGCUUCAUACUACAGUGACCUUAAAGGGGUCAUCGGAUGCCCAUUUUCCACAAGUUGAAAUGAUUCUUCAGGGUCUUAAUGAAAAGUCUAUAAUAUACUU